AUGGGUACACAUCCAAAUGGCCCAAGUGUUCUGGCAGGGCAACCUACUGUCUAUUUGAAAGAUAUUAUAAAGUCUAACCCGGAAGUUCUCACUUCGGAAAUUGCCAAAAUUUAUGGUGAUUUGCCUUUCUUGUUCAAGGUCUUGUCUGUAAAUAAAGCACUUUCCAUUCAAGCCCAUCCGGAUAAGGUGCUUGGAAAGAAACUAUUUGAAAAAUUCCCAAAUCUGUACAAAGAUCCCAAUCAUAAACCUGAAAUGGCUGUGGCAAUCACAAGAUUUGAGGCCCUGUGUGGGUUUCGACCAUUAGAAGAGAUAUUAUCUUUUCUCUCCAAGUACCCUGAAUUUAGGGAACUCGUAGGUAGUGAUAUAUCAUCACACUUCAUUCAGACGGUGACUGGUAAAGAAGAUUCUAACGUCCAUGAGAAUAUUUUAUCGAAUAAGACCGCUCUUCGUCAACUCUUCGCCGCCGUGAUGACUGCUGAUGCAGAUAUCGUGACUUUUCAGGUUAAAAAGUUGAUUUCACGGCUAGAGUCAAGCGAUAUCUUAGUGGGGAGUGUUCAAGAACUUUUAAUUAGAUUGAACGAACAAUUCCCCGGAGAUGUAGGAAUCUUUUGUGUCUUGAUGUUAAAUCACGUAAUAUUAGAACCAAGUCAAGCAAUUUUUCUGGGUGCAAAUGAACCUCACGCAUAUCUUUCCGGAGCAAGUGAUAAUGUAAUUCGAGCGGGGUUGACACCCAAAUUUAAAGAUGUUGCCGUGCUUUUGGACAUGCUAACUUAUAGAUACGGAAAUGCAGAAUCUCAAAUUCUUACUCCUAUUCCGUACAACAAUUCAAAGAGUUCCUUGUUAUAUGACCCUCCCAUUGAAGAAUUUUCGGUUUUAUUGGCAACGCUGAAUCCCCAGAAUAAAAAGGAAGCAUAUGAGGAUCAGAGCGCUUAG